AUGGAGGGCAUCUUGGAGGAAAACCCGUCAAGCCAGGACGACUCCCGACCACGUCAUCCGGCCUCAGAACAGCAGGAGGUCACGAACCAAGCAAGGAUAGCAAGCACCAUCCACCGCACGAACGAACACAUAGGCACGGACCCACAACAUCCCGAGAAAGCAAGGGACAAAGCGGCACAGAUCAUCCAGGAUCUCUGCCUCCGAGUCCAGGAACUUGAAGGCAAACUGACCGACAGAGGAAAAUACGCCAACGAGCACGGAAGCCAGGCAACUUCCAGGCCACGAUCCCACCGCGGAAGGUCGCCAACCCGGCGACACGAUAGGAGAGAUGGCCGCAGUACCUUACGUAACCAUCGACACGAGAAAUCGCCAGAACGGCGAUACAAUAAGAAACACCACCGCAGCGCGUCCCACGAUCUAAGUCGUCAACACGACUCGGACGAAGACCCGAGACGACGAAACACGAAACGCACGAGAAACGACCACAUCAUAAUGGGAGCCACGCCCUUCACGGAAAGAAUCUUAAGAGCAAAACUCCCCAAAGGUUUCGACAAACCCACCGACAUGAAGUAUGAUGGAACUAAGGACCCUCAAGAACAUCUAACGGCCUUCGAGGCCAGAAUGAACUUAGAAGGAGCAUCCGACGCGGUCCGAUGCAGAGCCUUCCCGGUAACCCUCGCCGGACCAGCGAUCAAAUGGUUCAACGCCCUCCCAAACGGAUCCACAGCCAGCUUCCACGACAUAGCACGAAAAUUCAUGGCCCAAUUCACAACCAGAAUCACCAAGGCCAAACACCCUAUCAGCUUGCUAGGGGUCACACAGAAGCAAGAAGAAUCCACAAGAAAAUACCUCGACCGCUUCAACGAUGAAUGCCUGACGGUCGACGGACUUACGGACUCCGUUGCAAGCCUCUGCCUAACUAACGGGCUCAUGAAUGAAGAUUUUCGCAAACACCUCACUACCAAACCAAUGUGGACCAUGCACGAAAUUCAGAACGUCACCAAGGACUACAUCAACGACGAGGAAGUCAGCCAGGUCGUCGCUGCCAACAAACGGCAGCACGCCGCUACCCAACACGACAACCCGGCCCCACGUCACAACCCACCACCCAAAGAGAACCAACAAGACCACCUCAGGCCGGCCAACCGACCACCGAGAAUAGGAAAAUUCUCUAAUUACACGCCCCUAACAGCACCAAUUACAGAGAUAUACCACCAAAUAGCAGAUCGAGGCGUCAUCCCCAGAGCCCGACCACUCAAGGAAAGGACAGGAGGCAACAAAACCCUCUACUGUGACUACCACCGAGGCUACGGCCACAAAACACAAGAUUGUUUUGACCUUAAAGACGCUCUCGAACAGGCCAUACGAGACGGCAAACUCCCAGAAUUCGUCAAAAUCAUCAGAGAACCAAGGCGCGCCGACAGAGACAAGUCGCCAGAAAGAGAAGGGCGCAACCUGAGAACUCAAAAGCUACCCCCCAGGGAAAGCCCCGAAGAAAACCCGACCAUCAUAGUAAACGUCAUCACAGGCAAUGACGUAUCAAGCAAAUCAAAACUAACAAUGAAAAAAGACCUCAAGAUAAUGGCCGUCAGACACCACGACCCAGUCGCCACAGCUGACAACACGAUAACUUUCCUACCGGAGGAAUGCCAACACGGCACCUCGGCCGAAGAUGCCCCCUUCGUCAUCUCAGCCCGAAUCAGAACAGGACUAGUAAGAAGAAUACUGGUAGACACCGGCGCAGACUCCAACAUCCUCUUCCGAGGAGCCUUCGACAAACUCGGGCUCCGCAACGACAACCUCCAAACACACCGCCACGGCGUCACGGGCCUCGGGGACAACUUUCUCAAACCAGAUGGCUCGAUUACCCUCCCCAUCACCAUAGGAACAAGCAAUCAGAGAAAGACAAUCCUAUCUGAAUUCGUAGUCCUAAAAGACUCCACAGCCUAUAACAUCAUUCUUGGGAGGAAAACGAUCAACGACUUCUCUGCAGUCAUCUUUACCAAAUACCUCCUCAUGAAGUUCAGAACCGACGACGGUACCGUCGGAACCAUUCACGGAGACCGAGAAGUCGCAGCCGAAUGCGACAACAAUAGCCUAGCCCUAAGGAAAAAAUCCCGGGACGCGGCCGGAAUAUUCCUUGCCGACCUAGACGCACGACUUGACGGCCAACCUAGACCGGAACCAGAAGGAGACAUGGAAAAGCUACAAAUAGGGCCAACCAAAGAGGAAUACACUUUCAUUAACAGAAACCUCCCGUACGACCUCAAAGAAGAACUCUCCCAACUCUUGAAACAGAAUAGAGACCUGUUCGCAUUUACACCAGCCGAUAUGCCGGGAAUAAACCCCGACCUAAUAUCUCACCAUCUAGCCGUGGAUCCCCAAGCUAAGCCAGUAGCACAAAGAAGACGAAAAAUGUCACCAGACCGAGCCGCCGAGGUCAAAAAUCAAGUUAAAGCCCUACUCGAAGCCAACUUCAUCCGGGAACUCCCCUACACAACCUGGCUAGCCAACGUCGUACUAGUAAGAAAAUCUAACGGAAAAUGGCGAAUGUGCGUCGACUACACAGACCUCAACAAAGCCUGCCCGAAGGACGCCUUCCCCCUACCAAACAUCGACGGGCUAGUAGACGCAGCAUCCAGCCACCGAUACCUCAGCUUAAUGGACGCAUAUUCCGGCUACAACCAGAUCCCGAUGCACCGACCAGACGAAGAAAAAAUAGCAUUUAUCACCCCGGACGGAACCUACUGCUACACAGUAAUGCCCUUCGGCUUAAAAAACGCCGGAGCCACCUACCAACGACUUGUUAACAAGAUAUUUCGCGACCUGUCCGGAAACAAAAUAGAAGUCUACAUAGACGAUAUGCUCGCCAAGACUGAAUCCGGUGAGCAACUAACCGACGACCUCAAGGUAAUAAUGAACACCCUACGAAAACACCAAAUGCGGCUCAACCCGGCAAAAUGCGCCUUCGGAAUGGAAGCAGGAAAGUUCCUCGGCUUCAUGAUUACGCAACACGGAGUUGAGGCAAACCCAGAGAAAUGCCGUGCCGUCCUCGAGAUGACAAGCCCCAAAAAUCUCAAAGACAUCCAAAAACUUACCGGCCGACUGACCGCGCUAUCCCGGUUUCUCGGGGCAUCGGCCCAAAAGGCAAUCCCUUUCUUCAAACUAAUGAAAAAAGAAACCCCUUUUAAUUGGGAGACAGAGUGCGAAGAAGCGUUCCAACACUUCAAGAGGGUUCUAGCGGAACCACCGAUCCUCGCCAAACCCCAAACAGGGGAAACACUUUACCUGUACCUCUCCAUAACAGAAGAGGCAAUCGCAGCAGCACUCGUCCGGGAAAACGAGAAAAAGGAGCAAAAACCCAUAUACUUCAUAAGCAAAGUCCUACAGUAUACAGAAGCUCGCUAUUCACGCUUAGAAAAACUAGCUUUCGCACUCCUCUCAGCUUCCCGUCGGCUGCGACAAUACUUCCAAGCUCACCCCAUAACAGUCCGAACCGACCAAGCGGUCAAACAGGUAUUACAAAAACUCGACCUAGCAGGAAGAAUGCUAGCAUGGUCCAUCGAGUUAUCCCAAUUCCAGAUCAGGUUCGAACCUCGAAACGCCAUCAAAGUGCAGGCCUUGACCGAUUUCAUCGCUGAAAUGACUCCGAUUACGCUCACCCCCGAACCAUGGAAACUGCACGUCGACGGCUCAUCAAACUCCACUCACGGAGGCGCCGGAAUUAUACUCGAAAACCAAAACGGGAUCACAAUUGAACAAUCAAUACGAUACGAAUUCCCAGUAUCAAAUAACCAAGCAGAAUACGAGGCCCUCUUAGCAGGUCUGACCCUAGCCCGGGAAGUCGGUGCAAAGGUCCUUGAAGUAAAUACCGAUUCCCAGGUAGUCAGCUCCCAAAUCAACGGAAGCUACCAGACACGGGAUCCCCUGCUCCAACAAUACCUCAACAAAGUAAACGAAUUGAAGGAAUGA